AUGAUUUCUCUUGCCAAACUUAAUGUCAGAAAAGGUGGAUUUCUUGUGAAAAAUGAAGUCAAAAUUGUUGUGGAGGUUGAUGUUCUUCAAGUUAUUGGCAACUUAGAUGUUUCUGAGGUGUCUAGUCAUUUGCACAAGGAAACUUCAUCAGUCGAUGUCAAUGGGUUUCUAGUUCUUCCUUCACAAGUGGAAUCUGCGAAACUUAUAUUCGAAAGACACUCAGACAUGGCACUGGAGUUCCGAGCAAAGAACCAAUAUGUGAGGACAUCAUGUAUGAAUGUACUCCUCAGCCUAAUCGAUACACUGUGCCAGUCACUGCAAGAUUUUUCCAUUGAUGACCUCGGCCAAGCAGAGAGAGCACUAACAUACCUGAAAGAUUCAGACUUUAAGGUGGAUUGGUUGGAGCGUAAACUGGAAGAAGUAAAGGAAAAGAAGAUAGAAGAGCAGAUUGGUAAGACUCGGAUGCAAGAAUUAGAGGAAGAGUUUGAGUCUAGAGAACUUGCUAGGAUUUUGUUAGUUGCCUCAUUCUUGAUGACUAUGCAAACAGAUUAUUGUCAGCAAAGGUUAAGCUACAAGGAAAAACUCUCUUGUCAUGGGUUAGAAGAAAUGCUACUCCUUUCCGAACUUAAUGCCAAAGAAGGUGGAUUUCUUGUGAACAAUGAAGUCAAGAUUAUUGCAGAGGUAGAUGUUCUUCAGGUUAUUGGCAAAUUAGAUGUUUCUGAAAAUACUCAACCUCGAAAAGGAUAA